AUGGAAUCGCUUCAUUGUAUGAUUUCGAAAGCGGUGGAGCUAAGGGAAUUCGAGGGUAUUAGAGUGGAUAACGGGGUGGCGGCUCUCUCUCAUUUAUUCUACGCCGAUGAUGCCAUUAUUAUGGGGGUUUGGUCGGAGGAAAAUAUAAAUAAAGUGGCUAGAGUUUUGCGGGUGUUUCAUCUUUGUUCGGGCCUCAAAAUCUAUAUUCACAAAUCCCAUUUGUUUGGUAUUGGGGUGAAUGAGGGUGAAGUGGUUAGUAUGGCUUCGGUUCUUGGUUACCGGGUGGGUUCUAUCCCGUUCGAAUACUUGGGUAUUCGGGUCGGCGCCAACAUGAAUCGAGUAUGUCAUUGGAACUCGGUGGUUGAAGCUAUCCAAAACAGACUUAGUACUUGGAAGGCUAAUACUCUUUCAAUGGGAGGGAGGUUGACGCUUUUAAAGUCGGUUUUGUCAAGUAUCCCAAUUUAUUACCUUUCAUUAUAUAAGGCUCCGGUUAAAGUCAUUGAUAAGAUUGAAAGCAUGAUGAAAAAAAUUUUAUGGGCCGGUUCGAGUAAUGGUAACAAGGUCUAUUGGGUAGCAUGGGAGACGGUGUGUACGACAAAAAAAGAUGGUGGAUUGGGGGUGUCCAGGCUUAAAGAUGUGAAUGCGGCUCUUAUAGCUAAGUGGGUUUGGAGAUUCAAGGUAGAGAAAGAUGCUUUGUGGCGCAAUGUGGUAGAACAGAUUCACGAGGGUAGAGGGAAUUGGGAUAUGCUUCCUGUUAAAAGGGGCAUCUCUGGAUGCUGGAAAACUAUUGUGAAUUUUGUGGAAAACAUGAAGAUUCAGGGGAUGCAGAUUCAACAAUUGGUUAGAUGCAAAGUUGGGUCAGGGGAGUCAGCUCGUUUUUGGACAGACUUGUGGAUUGGGUCGGAGGUCCUAAAGAAACGGUGGCCAUGUCUGUACAAACAUGAUAGUAAUAAGGGCUAUGCAAUAAAUGAGAGAAUUAGAUGGAUCGCUGAUGGGAUUCAGUUCACGGCUCAGUGGAGAAGAUUCCCAGUUUCGGUAGAGGCGAUCUCUGAAAUGCAAGAUAUGGACAGAUUGCUGAACACCUUCGCUGCUUGGGGGUUGGCUGAUUCGUGGGUCUGGAAUGAUGGGAAAGAUGGGACCUUCUCAGUGGCAAACUUUAAAAAGUUACUACGACAAGAUAGAGGCGUUUCUCGAGAAAGCAAGCUGAAAUGGGACAAGUGGGUUCUGUUGAAAGUGAACCUGGUGGUUUGGAGAGCAGAGCUUGUUACCAACCAGGGAUGCGCUUAUUAG